GACAGAAAGGGUAGCGUCAGAGAGAGACAGAGACAGACAGAGACAGAGAGACAGAGUGAGUUACAGAAAGAUAGAGAGAAAGAGAGAGAUAGAGACAGACAGAGACAGAGAGACAGAGUGAGUUACAGAAAGAUAGAAAGAGAGAGAUAGAAAGAGAGAGAGAAAGAGAGAGAGACAGAGAGAAAGAGAAAGAGAGAAAGUGACAGACAGAGAGAGAGAGAGAGAGAGAGAGAGAGACAGAGAGAGUUACAGAAAGAUAGAGAGAGAGAGACAGAGAGAAAGAGAGCGAGACAGAGAAAGAGAGAGAGAGAGAGACAGAGAGACAGAGUGAAUUACAGAAAGAUAGAGAGACAGAGAGAGAGAGAGAAAAUCCUCUAUUCCACGACCAUCAGCCACUAUUGUGAACACUGGUCUUCUUCACGCACAGACUGGAACAUCCUCGCCUGCUUUCUGCGAUGUCUGUUUUCAGUCAGAAGUCGAAGCCUGUCAGAUGGAGUCAGGAGAUGAGUGCCAGUCAGAACAACGUUGACAGCAGCAGGAAGAAGACCAGUCUGCUGAAAGACAACAGCUGGAUCAGACGCAGCAUGGAGGAGGAGGAGGAGCUAGUGGACCUGCAGUCGGAGGUGGGCCAGCCCGUCCCUGCUAGCCUGUCCCUGCCAGCCCGUCCCUGCCAGCCCGUCCCUGCCAGCCCCAGCACCCCAGUCAACCAUCUGACCAAGAGCCCUCCAAUUCCUCCGAAGACCAAAACUGUUUUAAGCACCACCUCAAAGAGCAUGAACGAUCCCAAGACAGCCAUGAGUCCUGGGAGCACCUCUCCAAAGUCCCUAAACUCCCCCACAAUCUCAUCGCUUAAGAGCCCAUCCAUCUCAUCGCUGAAGAGCCCAUCCAUCUCAUCACUGAAGAGCCCAUCCAUGUCCCUCUUUACUGCAAAGGUCUUUUCCUCCCCCAAAAAACUAUUCUACUCCCCACUAAGCCCUCCAGAGGUACUCCCCUACGCCAUUACCCACAUCACUGAUGAAGAGCCCCCGGCAGUCCCAACAACUCCACCUCCUCCAACAACUCUACCACCACCACCUCCUCCAACAACUCUACCACCACCACUUCCUCCUCCAACAACAACAACUCUACCACCACCACUUCCUCCAACAACUCUACCACCACGACCUUCUCCAACAACUCUACCACCACCACCUUCUCCAACAACUCUACCACCACCACCACCUUCUCCAACAACUCCACCACCACCAACUCCACCACCUUCUCCAACAACUCUACCACCACCACCUUCUCCAACAACUCUACCACCACCACCUUCUCCAACAACUCUACCACCACCACCUUCUCCAACAACUCUACCACCACCACCUUCUCCAACAACUCUACCACCACCACCUUCUCCAACAACUCUACCACCACCACCACCUCCAACAACUCUACCACCACCACCACCUCCAACAACUCUACCACCACCACCACCUCCAACAACUCCACCACCACCACCACCUCCAACAACUCCACCACCACCACCACCUCCAACAACUCCACCACCACCACCACCACCACCUCCAAUGUCCCAAGUUGUAAUCAGUGAGAUCAGUUUAGAGACCAGACUCCCUGACCCGCCCUCUCUGACUCCAACCCAGACUCUACUCUCCAAACCGAACAGGUCAGUCCUGACUCCAACCCAGACUCUACUCUCCAUACCGAACAGGAGUGUGACCAAGGGCCUGUGUUCGUACUGCUGUAAACCGAUGGUGGCUGGAGCCAACAUGAUCCUGGAGGAUCUACAGAUCUACAGCCACUCAUCCUGCUUCAAGUGUGAGGUGUGCCAUUGUCCUCUAGGAGACCUCCAUGUAGGAGACAGUAUGUGGCUCCACAGAGGGACAGUGCACUGUGAAGGCUGCUUCAGCACAGCCAGAGAGAAGUAUCUCCUCUAGGGAAGGAUGACAGAACGCUCACGUCUCCACGGUAACACAGACAGAACACAGAGACACCGCUUCAGAAGUCGGAAAAGGACACAUUGCUUUUACAUGGGUGGAUCUGGCGGUUGACGCAACAGUAAAUGACAUUUUAUAAUGUAAUCUGGAUCUAUAAACUUCACAACAUCUCUUGCAAAUGAUUGUCACAUAUAGAAUCAGAUCCAAUGACCUGGAUGGAUUCUUUAUAUACUUCUCUAUGUAUCCAUUUUCAUGUAAUAUGACGAUUUGUUGAAUCACAUUACAAUAUAACCACCAACUGAUGUCAGCAUGUAGUCAUGUUUAUUAAAAUGGACAUCUUCACAUGUUGUA